AUGGCAGACCACGGGCGAAGCGCGAUCAUUUCUGCUGGAUUGGCUGCAGCCGCUAUUGUCGGUGGCCAGCUAGCCAAAUCUUUCAUCGUCGCAUCUCGAGUCGGUGCAUUGUGUGGUGGCGCUCUUGGUGCAGUCGUCUUCAUUUUCGGCCUGACUGCCGUCAGCAAUUAUCAGAUGGCGAUAAAUGGCCCCAGUUCGCAGGUCGGGCUCACCGAGAUAUCCGUGUGUUUGAUCGCUGCUGUCCUCCAAGCGGCGUUGAUCCACCGCGUCGCGGCCACCAUCACCGUGCUCAUCUCGGUGCCGCUGCUCAUCUUCGCUUCUGAGGCUGGAUACGAGAGAUACUUAAAGAUGACUGCCACCACCGCGCAGGCCGCCAACAAGAAACGCAAA